AUGGCGACGCCCGCGUCCCCCGAAGAUUGGGAGGUCUCUGAUUUCGAAGUGGCCUCCAGCACCGCCGGCACCACUGACACAGUCUCCUCCACCUCGUUGGAAAUGCCCGCCUCGUUGGAAAUGCCCGCCUCAUUGGAAAUGCCCGCCUCUUUGGUCUCCGUGAAAUCCAAGGGCACGGACGAGGAGAAGAACUUCGAUGACGAAGAGGAAGAGGAAGAGCAAGAAGAGGAAGAUGAAGAGGGCAUGAUGAUGUGGGGCUAUUUGAGCGAGCGGAUGACCAUGGAGAUGGAGUUCCAGGUGUGGGAUGCCACCAGUGGAUGGCACCAAGCCUUCCUCGAUGUGUCUGACCGCUGCUACGACUACAAUGCCCGGGUGGGUCGGUCCCAGGAGAACAGAUCCCGCAACCGCUACGCAGACGUGAGCCCCUACGACCACAGCAGGGUGCACCUGAAGAAUGAGCAGAAUGACUACAUCAACGCCAGCUUCGUGGUGGUGGAGAAGGCCCAGCGGAAAUACAUCCUGACGCAGGGGCCGCUGCCCAACACAUGCGGCCACUUCUGGCUCAUGGUGUGGCAGCAGAACAGCAGAGCUGUGAUCAUGCUCAACAGGCUGGUGGAGAAGAACUCCAUGAAGUGCUCCCAGUACUGGCCCCCCUGCCAGGGCCAGACCCUCUUCUUCGAGGAGAUGGGCAUCAGCGUGUACAUGUUGAAGGAGGAGGUGAGGACCUCCUUCACGGUCCACUUCCUGAGGCUGAAGAACACGAUGACAAGAGAGGUCAGGUCCAUCUUCCACUUCCACUAUACCAGCUGGCCCGACUUCGGGGUGCCUAAAGCGCCGGCCUCCUUCCUGUCCUUCCUUUUCAUGGUGAGGGAGUCGGGCUGCCUCAACGAUGAGCAGGGGCCCGCGGUCAUCCACUGCAGCGCUGGCAUCGGGCGGUCGGGCAUCUUUGCUUUAGUCGAUACCUGCCUGAUCCUGAUGGAGAAGAGAGAGGACCCCUUUUGCCUGAACAUCAGACAAGUAUUGGUGAACCUGAGAAAGUACCGGAUGGGACUUAUCCAGACCCCAAAACAGCUAAGAUUCUCCUACAUGGCUGUCAUCGAAGGGGCGAAAUUCCUCAUGGCAGAUGAAAAUUUCAAGAAAAACUGGAAAGCACUUAGCAAUGUAAGACCAGGGCCCAGCUAUGAUGAGUUAUUUUCUCAGACACAUACAGAAUUCGAGGAUAAAGAAGAAAGAGAUGCAGGUUUUUCAGAUCUAGCAACGAGAACACCAAAUAGUGGAGAAGGAAGCAGUGAAGAUACCCAAAAACGACUUAGAGAAGACAAAAAAGCUAGUAGAGAGGAGGAGGAAGAAGAGGAGGAUGAGGUACUGCAGAAUAGAGAAAAGACAAGUGAGACUGAACUUAAAAGAAAAAGACUAAAUCCUCAGAACAUGUGA